AAAAAAGGCGCAAGCAGGAACAAGUCAGCUCCCAUCUUGGCACUCAAUCCGAGUUUGGAAUUAAUCUCGCCGCCGUAGUCCGAUCAAGGUAAAGUUUUCGAGAUGUGGGUUUGGUAUCUGCUAUUUCUGAGCUGUUUUCCAGGGUUGGCAAUAUCAGGAGGAGGAGUGGUGACGCUUGAAUCGAUAAAAAUAUAUAAUUCUCACGAGUGGAUAAAGAGUGUUAAGCCAAUUGUAUAUUUCUCAUGUAAAGGAGAGAACAAUACUGAAUUACCAGAUGUCAAUCAACUUAAUUUCACCUAUACUUUCAAAGGCCAGGAGUCUUGGCAGCCUCUGACGGAGUUCACGAGUACCAAGUGCAAGCGGUGUGGAUUCUAUGAGAGGGACACCUUCAAAUCGGACGAUGUGUUUGAUGAAUGGGAAUUUUGCCCUUCUGAUUUUGACACUGAUGGUAAAUACAGCCGCGCCAAGCUCCAUGAAUUUGAUGCUUCCUUCUUCUGUCCCCACUGUCUUCCUCUAGCAUCCGCUGAUUCCAACUCCUCCUCGGCCUCUUCGCCUAAAAAAGGGAAAGGAAUGCAUAUUGCUGUGGCAAUAUUGGUCACUGCUCUCGUUUCCACUCUAUUCCUUCUCGGCCUACUGGCUGUCUACAAAUACUGGCAAAAGAAGAAAAGGGAGCAAGAUCAAGCUCGCUUUUUGAAGCUUUUUGAAGAUGGGGAUGACAUUGAGGACGAACUGGGUCUUGGCUCUGUUCUUUGAUCUCAACUGUCAACUCUGUGUUUACUUUACUGUAUCCUGUACAGUCUCUCAAUUUUGCUCCUGUGAAAAGAACAAAAAAGGGAUUAUACUGAAUUUCUUUUUUAUAUAUUUACUUGUUAGAAAGCAACAGAUAACAUAAUCCAAGAAUACAAAGUUCAACUAUUAAAUAAGCUCUUUUUAUUUA